CCGCGACGCCACGCCCACGCGCCGCGCCGGCGCCGCUCUUCCCUUCCCUCCGGCUGCGCCCCUUCCGCCUCCGUCGGCCCCUCUCGGAGAGGUUCUCCGGAUGGCGUCCCGAGGCCGAGGGAGAGGCCGAGGGAGGCGGGGAGGGUCCGGCUACGACCACGCCGCCAAGCACACCCCCCACGAGGAUUUCCCGGACAUCGCUCUGCCGGAGAUGACGUGCACCAGGGCGACCACGGAGGAGAAGGCUCUGAUACAGUCCACCUUGAAGCUUGAGGAGUUCUGGAGGACGUCUUGCUACUACCUAGAGGAGGAUGUCCCCAAGAAAAAGAAUGAAGAUAAAGAGAUUGAAAGAUACUCUGAUAGGAAACACAAGACACAAUCCAAACGUGAAGCUCUCAUAUCAUAUCUUAAAUUGACUCCUUCAAAUUUCCCUGCAGAAUUAGUGCAAGGUUCUAGGCGAGCACAACCAAGCAACAAGAAGCUUCGUUGGGAUAGAGGCUCAGAUGAGCAGGCAUUUGAAGUUUUUGAGAAGCUUGAAGAGAAUCACAAGGAUGGAGACAAGAAAACAGAAAAGGAUGGGGAUGAUGAGGAUGAACAGGAAGAGGAAGAAGUAGAAGAGGACGAGAAUUCAGAUGAUGAUUAUAAUCAGAAUAUUGAGUUUGAUGACGAUGAUGAUGACUGGAACCAAGAGGACGAAGCACAUGAAGAUUACUACGAUUAGCGGACAUCAUCCACUAAAAAAGUUGACCAAUAUCAAGUUUUGUUUGUAUUCUUUGUUGUCUGCAGCUUAUGAACAGUUUAUAGUGUUCCCUCCGUUCGAAAAUGUAAUCUAGUAUUUGAAUCUUGUACCAAAAUAUAAGCAUUUCUAGGCAUUAUUCGUAGUGCUAAUUCCCAUAAAAAAUUCUUCUCGUAUUACCCCCACCUAUCCUCCUGCCCCAUCCAUUCCUCAUUUAUUAAUUGGUAUUAUAAUCUUUUCUUCUCAGUGUUAAUAUCUACUAAACAACUUAGAAAUGCUUAUAUUUUGGAAUGAAUGUUGUACUACUUAGGUGAUUAGAGAUAAAUUGUUUUCCUGUCAAUAUGCUGUAUGCUCAUGCUUCAUCAGAAACCUGCGUCUAUCUGAAUCCUGAAAUAGACUGGUGUUACUGUUUCUUUCACGCUGAUAUCUGAACCAGUGGUUUAUGUGCUGGAGUGUGCUUCGUUUAUCAUAAUUUUGUU